AUGCCUGUCCCGCAGCGAAUCGCUCCGUCUAGCGAAACUCUGAGAGAAUUUUACGUCGGCAAGGAUGUGAAUGACGCUCCAAAGCCGGCGGUGGUCUUGGACGUUGCUAAGGUCCGGAGGCACUGUCAGUCAAUGUUGGAAGCUGUCGAUGACUUGAGAGUUGGAUUUCGCUUUCAUGUCAAGACCCAUAAGACCAAGGAAGUCACAAAGCUUCAGGCAGGCGAGAAUACAAAGAAGAUCAACUGCAUUGUAUCAACUGUAGCAGAGAUCGACCACCUCUUACCAACCUUCAAGGAAUACACACAAGCCGGUCGCCCCGUCAACAUUCUCUACGGUGUCCCGCUCCUGGGUUCCCAGAUUGAGCGUCUCGCUUUAUUGAGCAAGGAACUCGGCAAAGAUGGACUCACAGUCAUUGUCGAUCACCCUUCCCAACUAGACUCAAUCCGCCGCCUUUAUGCUCUGAGUGGUCUCCCGGUAGGGGUCUAUCUGAAAGUAGACACAGGCUACCACAGAGCAGGUCUUCCAGCCACAGCUCUGAACAAGGGCGGCCUACUGGAACAACUCACGCAGCUAGACGCGGAAGGCAAAGCAGUCUUGGUGGGACUGUACUCACACAGCAGUCUCAGCUAUAAGGAUGACACCGCCGACCAGGCGAUGCACAACCUCGCCGGGGAAAUUGAAGGCUGUCUGGAAGCCCUCCACGCCAACGAGAGUCUACUCGCGGCCAACGCCUCGAGAGAAAUGACCAUUAGCGUCGGGGCGUCUCCUCAAGUCACCUCUAUUGAGAACCUGAUGGGUGAUACUGCGGCAAAUGGAUCCGGUGAAUUGCGUCUCCGGACAGCGAUCAGCAAGGUUCGAGAUGGGUCGCCGACGGUGAAGUCCACGUUAGAACUCCACGCUGGCGUAUAUGCUCUCCUCGACAUGCAGCAGAUGUCUACCCGCUCGCGGAAGGCGCUAGGGAGCUACGAAGACGAGGUCGCCAUCUCUGUUGUAGCAGAGGUGUGCAGCGUCUACAAUGAUGGCGAGCGGGAUAAACCAGAGGCGCUCGUGGCUGUUGGCGUGCUGGGUCUCGGAAGGGAGCCUUGCCCUUCCUAUUCAGGCUGGGGCAUCGUCGGGCGUCAGCCAGGGUUUGAGAUUGCGGGAGAACGGAGGCUAAUUGUGGAUCGGAUCAGCCAGGAGCACUCCAUUCUCUCGUGGGAGGUUGGCCCCGCGGAAGACUCCGAUCUGCCACCGAUCCCGCUCGAGGUUGGUCAGUCUGUUAGGAUCUACCCGAACCAUGCCUGCGUUACUGGUGCCCUGUAUGGGUGGUAUCUCGUAGUUGACUCAAGCAAGUCCAACAAGACCGAGAUCGUGGAUGUUUGGGUUCGAGGAUCGGGAUGGUGA